AUGCGGCAUCAAGCAUUCCAGUCGGAGUUGCAGUCGAAUCGUGAACGGCUUGAGCAGCUUCGUCAUGCUGCUGUUAAACUUGCUGAGGAGAAACCGGAGUUUCUGGGUACCAUCGAUCCGCAAAUUGCUGACCUAUCAGUGCAGUGGGAGCAGCUUGAGAAAACUACCGAAGAAAAAGGACAAAAAUUGUUUGAUGCUAAUCGCCAGCAGCUCUAUGUGCAGAGCAUUUCUGACAUGAAGGAAUGGGCAGAGCAAUUACAGCAACAGAUGACAAGCGAAGAUACAGGUCAGGAUCUGACAACAGUUAACGUAGCCAUGCAGAGGCAGCAGUUAAUCGAAAGUGAGAUGGUGAAACGAGCCGCACAGAUGGAUUCGUUACAACAAAUGGAGCCACAACUUGAAGAAAUGCAUCCGGAGGAGGUUGAGGCAAUCAAAGCACAUCGUCUGGCAGUGCAGGAGCAACUGCAACGUCUGCAGGCUCCGCUUGGAGAUCGACGCCGUCAGUUGGAACGCAAAAAGCGAGCUUACCAGUUCUUGCGUGACGUUGAGGAUGAGAAAUUGUGGUGUGCAGAGCGCCUGCCAUUAACGCAGGCCCAUGAGCUGGGCGAAAGUUUAUUUGAUUGUCAUCGUUUGCAAAAGAAAAUGCAGUCGUUGAGAAAUGAGAUUGAAAAUCACGAGCCGUGGAUUGAGCAGAUCUGCCGCAAUGGACGUGAGCUUAUUGACGAGGGCCAUGAAAAUAGCGCCGAAUUCGAGCAAAAAAUCAAAGAACUGAUGCGUACAUGGCAGUAUUUUGCCUUGGAAGUGGCGCAGAUCCCGUUUUUUGUUGCACUGAUGAAAUAUUUUCCGUUACAGGAUGAGCGCGGCAAGGAUGAGUUCUCAACAGAAAACCAGAUAAAGAAGCAUGAGCGCUUGCAGCAGGAUAUUAACCAGUAUGCGGAUACCAUCCGAAAUUUGUCUGCGCAGGCGCAGAAAUUUGUUGAUGAGAAACGCCCGCUUUGGGAGCAAGUCAGCGUUCGUCAAGCGCAGAUCGAGAAAUUGUACGCCGGCUUACAAGAUUUGUGUAAAGAAAGACGGAAGCGCCUGGAUGAAACGCUGCAGCUCUAUGAGCUUCAUCGCGAAAUUGAUGAUCUCUUGCAGUGGAUUGCUGAUAAAGAGGUUGUUGCUGGUUCACAAGAGGCAGGACAAGAUUACGAACAUGUGCAGAUGCUUAUUGAGCGAGCGCAACAAUUUGCCAGAGAUACAGAAAUCAUCGGAUCGGAUCGUGUAGCUAAUGCUAAUGAUGCUUGCGAUCAAUUAAUUGCUGUUGGGCAUUCGGAUGCUCCUACAGUAGCGUUAUGGAAGGACAGUUUGAACGAAGCAUGGGGAAAUCUGCUCGAAUUGAUGGAUACACGUAUGCAAAUGUUAGAAGCGUCCAGAAUGCUGCAUAAAUUCUUUCACGAUUGCCGUGAUUGCUUAUCCAGAAUUCUGGAGAAAAAUCAUGCUAUACCGGAAGAUCUUGGCCGGGACUCGUCCUCUGAUAUAGAAGCAAUUGGCCAACAAGUAGCGCAGAUUGAGCACGAUGCUGUGCAAUUACGCGAUGCUUAUGCCGGAGACCGGGCAAUCGAGAUUGGCGCUCGAGAAGCCGAAGUGCAGAAGGCAUGGCGCCAGCUUCGCGCGAUGUGUGACGCUCGUUCAGUGCGAUUGGGCGAUACCUCGGAUCUGUUCCGUUUUAUGAAUAUGGUCCGUGACUUGCUUCUUUGGAUGGAUGAGGUUCGACGGGAGAUGAGCUCACAAGAAAGGCCAAGGGAUGUGUCCGGUGUUGAGCUUUUGAUGAACAAUCACCAGAGCCUGAAAGCGGAAAUUGACGCACGUGAAGAAAAUUUCAAUGCAUGCAUA